AUGCUGCACAUUCCAGCAUGGAAGAAAAUUGAGAUCAAACAGCAGCAGAACCAAGACGGAGAUGCAGGGGGCUCGUACGAUGAGGAGGACGCUCUGAAUGUUUCCACGCAUCUUGCUACCGGUUCUCUUACCAGGCGCGACCGCGCACAGAUAGUACAGAAGCGGCCAUCGUCGUCCAAAGUGAGCAAACCUUGCAAACGUCAAAAACUCUCGAAGCCGGAGCGGCUGGAGAGAUCCCACAACAGGGUGUUGAGGGACCAGCUGCGUUAUCUUAUUGACUUUUACUUAGAGAAGACUGCAGAAGAUGGGGACAGCAGUGCCGCCGCCGCCGGCGGCGGCCUGCCGUCCGGUCUCCGCCAACUGGAAAGCGUACAACAGCACUUGUCGGAACGUCAGCACGCCGGAGAGAUCACCAGUACAUGGAAGUUCAGCAAACAAAAGCAGAACUGGCUCAUGAAGCAUCUGUGGGACACCAAUGCUAUCCCCAACGAGUACAACCCGCUUGUGAAAUCAUACGUCCGAGGGAUAGAGGGCCGCGCAAAGAUCACGUUGACAGACCAGUGCACGGACAUGCUGAAGAAAUGGGACGACUGGAAGAUGUCCCAGCAAGAAACAAAGGGGGCACAUGACACCAUUUCCACACCCGAUGACAAUACUGAUGACAACAAUACAUCUGCAAAGCGUGACCAGGUGGUGGCGGCAGAAGCUGCCGCCGAGCCGCCGUUUUCAGAGGAUGUCUACACACGCUGCUGUUUACUCCUCCCUGUAUUAGUUCCGGAGCCCCAUCCCGAGAUCGUAUGA